UUUUUCUCUUGACGGGAAAGCUUGUCGCAGAGUCGCUCGCAGUGGAUAAGAAUUAAUUUGGAGUGCCAUUUUUGAGGUCCGAUAACUCACCAAAUAACACCACACAUCGCAACCAUGUCUGCUAUCGGCUCCCUCGUCUUCUGCACCGACUGUGGUGACCUUUUACCUGCCUCCCAGGGCAGUGUAAAGAACAUUCUGAUUUGCAAAUGCUGUGGCGCGGAACACAGAGAUCAUGCCUGGAAGGCCGUAACAACAAAGACAAAGCCCUCCGACUUCCCGUCAGCCCUACGACAGAAGCUUUCCAUAGUCCAGACCGUCAAGAGACACGAAGUACAAACCGAAAGAGUCGACCCCAACAUGGACUGCCACAAGUGCGGGAGGCGCGGCAUUCGCUACUCUGAAGUCCAACAGAGAUCUGCCGAUGAAGGCUCAACAAUUAUCUACAACUGCGAGUGCGGUGAAAAAUGGUCCACCAACAACUGAGCUGCUACCCUUCCUAAUUCACGACAACCACCCACGAUAUGCCCGAGCACAGAAACAUCUAACAAACCCGCCUUCUCAAGAGGCAACCAAACCAAACAUCGUUUUAAUGACCCAACGCCUGUUAUCAACAAUAGAACGCUCAAAGAUACCCAUCCAUAUUUACCUCCCACUCAAAUCCCUUGCUUAAGCAGUGACCUCCGGAAUCAAGGCAUACUCCGCCUCAUUGCUCUUCUCAUACUCGGCCAUAUCCAGCGCAACAAUACAGCUCUCCCUCACCACCUUCUCUUUAUCGUGCAAGAACUUCUUGAGCGUCUCCUCCACUCCGGGCUCCUCACCCAAGCUGCCCAGCGCCUCGGCAGCCUCGUGCCUCACCAUCGACGCCUCCUCCGUGUUGCUCAAUGCACCAGUCAGCGCGGGAAUAGAAGCAGGAUGCGACAGCUGCCCGAAAACAAAAGCAAUUUCAUGUCUGAAAAGCGCAGAGUUAUCCGCGAAGCCUUCGGCCAAUGCCAAAACAGCCGGGACAGCAGUCGGGAGAUCAGGAGGAGACGCCAAAUCGCGAAGGGCAAACAUGGCGCGAUAUCGGAGGAAAAGGGGCUUGGUGGUGUCCAUGAGCGUCUUGCGCAGCUCCUCGACACUCGGUGUCUCUUCGCC